UUUGCUUGUAAAUUUGCACUAUUACUUUUGUCAGCUCAAGUACAUUCAAGAGUUCCAGAGAGAGAAAGCGGCUUUUGAAAAGAACAUGGCAAGAUUCAAGGAAGACCACCCAGAUUUAAUUGAGGAGAGAAAGAAGUCAGACCUCCCAGAGAAACCCAAGACCCCACAGCAGCUAUGGUACAACCAUGAGAAGAAGACCUACAUGAAAGUUCACCCAGAGGUAAGCCAGAAGGAGCUGAAGGAAGCAUUACGCAAACAGUGGUCCCAAUUAUUAGACAAAAAGAGGCUAAAAUGGAUCAGCAAAGCUCUAGAGCUGCAGAAACUCUAUGAGGACAGCAUGAGAGUGUAUUUUGAAGCUCAUCCGGAUGCAAACUCCGAGGAACACAUCAAAUCUGUCCUGACCAAGGCUGAACGGCAGCUCAAGGACAAGUUUGAUGGCCGGCCAACCAAACCACCACCAAAUGGCUAUUCUAUGUACUGUGCUGAACUAAUGGUAAACAUGAAGGACGUGCCAAGUACGGAGCGAAUGGU